AAGCCGUGCGACACUUCCUCGGGGCCGCGCGCAACCAAGCGGGAGCUGAUCGCGCGGGUCGGAAGUCCGAUUCCGAUAGAGCAAAAAGAAAUCAAAAUAAAACAUUAUUAAAUAAACACUGUCAAAAGUUUUCGAAAAUGGAUCAUUACACAAAAUAAUAACGUGCGGAUUGAUAAAGCAGCGUUAGGACUGAUAUAUGAGCGCACAUAAGGCGGAUUCAGAGUGGCGCUGAGGCAGUUAGCUAAUGUUGCUAACUCACGAGACCAACUCACUUUGACUUUCAACUAUAACAGAAACAUAUAUCUGAACUAUAAACUCCACAGUCCGAGUGAUUUUUAAGCAAAGAAGUGUGCGGGGUGUUGGUAGACGUUGUUUUAGUGUGUUACAGGGAGGAUUUGGUCUUGUUUUUGGACGCUCGUGUUGUUGAGGCCUGCUGCAUGAGCAGACAGUUUAACAGGUUAAAUAAACUAGCUCGACUUACACAGGUUAACGAAUAAGACAACACCGAUACAGAAGUGGAAGAUGUCGGCCCAGGCACAGAUGAGAGCCAUGCUGGACCAGCUGAUGGGCACUAGCAGAGAUGGAGACUCAAUGCGUCAGAGAAUAAAAUUUACAGAUGAACGUGUUUGUAAGAGUCAUCUGUUGGAGUCCUGUCCCCAUGAUAUACUUUCUGGAACUCGCAUGGAUUUGGGGGAGUGUGUAAAAAUUCAUGAUCUCGCUCUGAGGGCGGACUAUGAGAUUGCAUCUAAACAGCAGGAGUAUUUCUUUGAACUGGAUGCUACGGAGCACUUGCAGUCCUUCAUCGCAGACUGUGACCGGAGAACAGAACUGGCCAAGAAGCGACUGGCAGAGACGCAAGAGGAGAUCAGCGCAGAGGUCGCCGCUAAGGCGGAGCGCGUGCACGAGCUGAACGAGGAGAUCGGGAAGCUGCUGGCGCGUGCGGAGCAGCUGGGCAGCGAGGGGAACGUUGAUGAGGCUCAACAGGUGCUGGAGAAGGUGGAGAAGACUCGCACUCUGAAGAAAGAGGCAGAGGACAUCUAUCGCAACUCCAUGCCUGCCUCUAGCUUCCAGCAGCAGAAGCUGCGAGUCUGCGAGGUCUGCUCCGCCUACCUCGGUCUCCACGACAACGACCGCCGCUUGGCCGACCACUUCGGGGGAAAGUUACAUUUAGGUUUCAUCGAAAUUCGUGAAAAACUCGAGAAGCUGAGGAAAGCCGUAGCAGAGAAACAGGAGCGCAUGCGGACGAGGAGACGGGAGGAGAGGGACAAGGAGGACGAACGAACCAGAGAAUGGGAGAUGGAGAAAGAGAGGGAACGAGAGCGUGAACGCGAGAGAGAAAGAGAGAGAGAGCGUGAGAGGGAGAGAGACCGAGAACGAGAGAGAGACCGCAGGAGGGAUGGAGGAAGCUCAUCCUCUCAUCGCUCUCGGCGACACCGUGAAGAUGGCGAGAGGAGAGAGGACCGAGAGAGAGAGAGGAAACACGGCCACAAAGAUCGCCAUCGUUCUCGCUCUCACUCGCACAGGAGCAAGAGGAAGAGGUCUUCACACACGAGGGAUGGCGAGCACUCUCAGUCUCAGGAGAGAUUGAGGGAGAGCGACGCAGAAGAGAGAUGGAGAGAUAACGGACAGAGGGACGUGGAGAAAGAGAGAUCCCCCUUCGCACCAGACCUGAGCCGAAUGAGAGAGCGAGAAAGAUCGGUCUCACUGGAGAGAGAUCAGCGCUCCAGCUCAGAGGAGAGGGAGUCAGGAGAGAUCUAGAAGCGAAAACUGAGAGAAAUGAAAGAGAGAUACUUUUACAUACCGUAGCUUCUGUUCCCUCUUCCGUCUAUAAACACAAAAGCUGAUUUGUCAAUAACCGGAUUUGAGUGCAGUCUGGUUAUUUAUACAUCAGUAAAGCCGAGCGGCGACGGAGACAAAGCCAGUCACAAUGUACCGAACGUUUGCGAGCGAGACCGCCUCCGAUAUAAACACCACAGUUACACGUUGUGCGAUCUAGUUGAUCCAAUUUAGUCAGCAAACCAAAAGAAUAGCUGAUGAAAUUUUUGUGUGUGUGUGAACAGGAUGAAGGAAUUGCUUGCUUGAAUAACAAAACCAACACUGAAGAUGUCUUGCGUCAUUUUAACCUGGCUCAUCUUUUUUUUUGCUUUUUAAAAUGAUUUGAUGUGGAUAUUAUUUUUCAUAGGCAUUUUCCCUUGUUUAUUUUGAUAUGGAUUUAAACUCAGCCCGAGUUUAAAAUUGAUUUUUUUUCCCCAUAUAAACCAAACCACUUAUUUCUCUCAGAACUACACACAUUUUUAGCUUGGCUUACGAGCAAACUUGUCUUUCAUGGUACAGUUUAGUAUGCAACUUUUUUCUUCUUUUUAUCACUCUUUCAUUUUGCGGUGUUAAGAGGCUGUCUUGGAACUUCAUCUUGCCAUGCAAUUGUGCUAUGAAACAAUAAAUUUGUUGCUUUGAUUGUU